GCUCGACACAUCAGAGCCACCUUCAACCGAUGACUGUUGCAUCUACAAAGUACCCUCUGUUAUUCGCAAACACAAUGAAGACGCAUACACCCCUAAGUUCGUUUCCAUUGGCCCCUUUCACCACGGUAAAACCCGACUCUAAAACAUGGAACGUCACAAACUCAUUUACUUCAAAGCUUUUCUCCAACGAACCGAGGCAUGUUUAAAAGACUUGGUCUUCUACGUAGAGUCUAUCUUACCUGAUUUCAAACGUUGUUAUUCGGAAUUCCUAACAUUUUCUGAUGAUAAACUUGUUAAGUUAAUCUUAAUCGAUUCCGGUUUUAUAAUUCAACUUUUUUGUGGUAUGUCUCUCUUUAAACCUUGGUUGGUAGGUGGUAUAUCAUCAGAUUUAUUGUUACUUGAAAAUCAGCUUCCCUUUUUCGUUAAUCUGAUUAGGAUAUUUCAUUUGCAACAUCCUAUUGAAUGCCGGCCCGGUAGAAUCAACCUCGGCGUCGACAAACUUGUUAUAUAUCCACCAAGCGCAACUGAGUUGUUAGAAGCAGGAGUUAGGUUUAAAGUGAACACUAAAAGUGAGUGUUUACUUGGCUUGAGGUUUUCGGGAGGAGUUCUUGAAAUUCCUCAAUUAACAGUUGACGAUGGGACCGAAAUUUUGUUUCGGAAUAUGGUUGCUUUGGAGCAGUGUCAUUACCCUGAUGAGUCAUAUAUUAUUGAUUAUGUUGCUUUUUUGGAUUUCCUUAUAAAUACUAGUAUGGAUGUGGAUAUACUUGUUAAGAGCGAAAUACUAGAAAAUUGGCUUGCAGACAGUGAUUCUGUGGCUAAAUUGUUUAAUGGUCUUUGCAAAAAUGUUAUGCAUUCUAGUGUAAGUUCUCAUUUCCCUACUCUUGGCAAAGACUUAAAUGAUUUUUGUAAGAAUCCUUGGCAUAGGUUGAAGGCCACUCUCAGGCGUGAUUAUUGCAAUACUCCUUGGCAAACUGCUGCUUCCAUUGCUGGAAUUGUACUACUUGUUCUCACUUUACUUCAAUCAGUUUGUUCUGUCUUGCAAGUAGUACAGGCCUCCUAGUGAUUUCUUUCUUUGUUGAGUUCAUCAUAAUUAUUGCUCUUAGUAUUAUUAUCAAUGUACGUUGUUUGUUUCCAUGUUUCAUUAUCUUUUUGUGUUGCAUUA